UUCUUUCUGCUCUAUCGAGGAGAAAAAUAACUACACAUUAUGAAUUCAUGCAAUCUGAUACUGAAAUACUUUUUAUAUAUUGAAACAUGUUUUAUUCGAUAUUAAGAAAAUUAGACAUUUUUUUUUGUCUUUAAAAUUAAAAUCAGCUUCAGAGGAGGAAAUCUGCCCAAAAUGUUUGGAAAGAAAUCAAAACCUGAAUCAGAACCAGAAGACUUCAAGCAACCUUGGAGAAACAUCGACUGGAACACAAACAAUCUGAAAUCUGAGUUAAGUGAACUUCUUCUUACAUUUAUGGAAAACCGCCAAGACAUCAAGCAGUUCAGAAUACUGCUUCAUGGACCAGUUGGAGCUGGGAAGUCCUGCUUUAUAAACUCAGUGAGGAGCGUAUACAAGGAAAGAAUUGUAUUCGGGGCAGCUGAGGAGACGUCUGCUGGAAAAAGCUGCACAAGAACAUACAAAACUUACAAAAUCAUUGACAAAGAUUCCGUCACCUUGCCGUUUGUCUUCAGUGAUGUUAUGGGUCUGGAAGAUCAUGCGGAAGAUGGAAUUCAUCCUGAUGAUCUCAUUAAUGUGCUGCAUGGCCGUGUCAAAGAAGGUUAUAAAUUUAAUCCUGUUUCUCCACUGACUACUGUUGAUCCAGACUACGUACAUGAACCCAGUGUGAAUGACAAAGUUCAUUGCUUGGUGAGUGUAGUGGAUGCAAACAGCAUCUCCUUAAUGAUGAAUGAGAUGAUUCAGAAGAUGAAAGCUGUCAGAAAAUCUGCCCUCGGAUUGGGCAUCCCUCAUGUUGUUCUGAUGACAAAAAUUGAUGUUGAUGUCUGCCCACUGGUUACAAAGGAUCUAGCUGAGGUUUACAAAAGCAGGAAAAUCGAAGAAAAGAUGCAGGAAUGCAGCCACACAAUUGGUCCACCACUGAAAUGCAUCUUCCCAGUGAGCAACUAUUAUAAGGAGACUGAAAUGGAUAACAAAAAAGAUGUGCUUAUUCUGUCUGCAUUAAAGGCAAUUGUAGGAUCUGUUAACGAUUACAUUGAAAACAUCUGAGUAUUUGCUAAAAAGUCCAUUUGAAACAGAAUUGAGAUGUAGGUCUUUAUUAUCAUGAAAUCUUUAUGUAGCUCAUAUAUUAAUCAAGAUUAACUACUGUAAUUUGUGCCUGUGAUUACUAGUGUAGACUUAUUAAGAGCAUAUUUAAUUCAUUAAAUUGAAGUCUCUCAUCUG